AUGCAUAUUUUUGUCGUCCCGGCGUCACCCAAGACUGGGCAGGCCACAAUUCGAGCCCUUCUCAAUGAUACAUCUUGUCCAUCUGUGACGGGUGUCUACAGAGACUUGGGAAGGGUGCCUGCCGAGUUCCGAACCCACCCGUGGUUCACGGCCAUCAAGGGCGACGUCGCCAAUGUCGGGACCCUCAAAUUUGCCGGCGCAGACGCUGUCGUGACCAUCACCCCACCGCUGUUCUCCCAGGCCAAACCGAUAGCGAGGGCACGGGACAUGGCCGCGAAUAUCAAGUACGCCAUUGGCAGGGCGGGGGACUCGGUGAGGAGGUUGGUGUAUGUGUCUAGCGUGGGGGCUCACUUGGAAUAUGGCACGGGCGAGAUCAAGACCAACUAUGAGGCCGAGCAGGCUCUCACCGGCGCCGCCCCCGAAGUGGUCUUCGUCCGGUGCGCCUUUUUCAUGGAGAACUGGGCGACCGCGCUUGAGACACUCAAUGCCGAGCCGCCCUUCAUUUACUCCGUGCUGUGCCCUGAAGACUUUCACAUGCCCAUGGUGUCAGUGAACGACAUUGGCCGGACGUGCGCGGCGCAAGUCCUCGCGGCGGGGUCGCCGCUGCGGCGUAACCCUCGUGUCUUUGACUUACUGGGCCCGCGGCCGUACUCAGCGCGGGAUGUGCAGAGAGCUAUUGAGGCGGUCCUCCAGAAAGAGGUCGAGUUAAGGGUAGUGGAAGACGAGCAAUUGGAGGGAUUUUUCGCCCAAGUCUUCAGAGAGCCAAUGGCGGGCAUGUUUGUGGAGAUGACGAGGAGCUAUCUGCCGGGUGGUAUCAUAGAGGCGGAUAUGUAUGAAGGGCUCAGGGUGUGGAGGGGGACAGAUACUCUGGAAGAGGUUGUGAGAGAGUUGAUUUCGGGUUGA